UUUCCGCUUCAUUUUUCCCCUCUUUUUUUUCUGCAAUUUAAAUAAGGACAUGUGCAUUCCAGUGUGUUUUUGCUGUGUUUUGGUGCAUUCCAGUGCAUUCCGUACAGUUCUGUGUAGGAAAAAUGCAGGAUGUUCUACUUUUUUUUCUCUGCAACUGGAACGCACUGGAACUGCAAGCACUUUUAUGAAGUAUGACACUGACAACCAUAUAACCUACUUUCUGUGCAUUUUGGAUGCAGAAAAAAAGCACACUGAAACGCAUGUAGCGUAAACCCUCGCCUUGAA